AUGGAUAGCGAGCCAGCAACAAAAUCGACAAAUCGUGAUCUGGCGAAGCUGGACGAGCACGAGAAAAUGAUGAUCCGACGAAGUUGGAACGAACUGAUGCGGGAUGUAGAGAAAAGCGCACUGGAAAUUUUCCAGAUGAUUUUUGAAAGAGCACCGGAAGCGAAAGAGCUUUUCCCUUUUAUGCAAUCAUCGCCGAAGAAACGCACCGAAGCUCUGAAAUUUCAUUCACUGCGAUUCAUGCAAAUCGAUGAUAACCUGAUACUGACCUAUGCCAGCGUCGAUGCUCUACUUCGUGCAUCCAUUGGUUUUGCUUUAUUUUUAAACAAACUUCGUCUUAUUCAGAAACAGGUUCAUCCGGAAAGACGGACAUUACACGUUUGUGAAUAG